CAACACAACGUAUAGGUUGGUAUAUGUCAGCAUAUGUGCGAGAAAGAAAUCAAAGGAACCAGACGAACCAGUGUCCAUGUCUAGUGUCGUUGAGCAUCAGAUUACAGUGAUUCAAUUUACUUUCAAUUGAUCAAUUUGAGGCUCACCUGAGUGAUAUUUAUACGAAAACAUGACAACAGCAGCAAGACCAACCUUCGAGCCUGCCAGAGGAGGACAAGGACGAGGUGAGAAGGACCUAAGCGCGAUCUCGAAGCAGUAUAGCAGUAGGGAUUUACCAUCGCACACGAAGCUCAAAUACAGAGAACAUGGUCAAGGAACAGUCGAAGAAUUGCGAAACCGAGACUUCAGAAAGGAAUUGGAGGAAAGAGAGCGGACAGAGAAAGAUAAAGGAUCAAGUCGUCGUGCCAUUGAACCUUCUAGAGAAUCAACUGCAUCUAGUACAAAGAGGCAGAAGUUAGACCAGGUUCCUGCAGCUAGCUUAGAUGCGGAUGAUCCACUAGAUGAUGAAGAAUCAGAUUCUGAUAGUGAUGAAGAUGACACUGCUGCUCUCUUAGCCGAACUUCAGAGGAUUAAGAAGGAACGAGCAGCAGAACAAGCAAAAAAAGAAAUGGAAAAACGCCAGGAAGAGGAAAGAAUACGCAUGGAAAAUAUUCUUUCAGGAAAUCCUCUGUUAAACUAUUCUUCACAGGGUGGAAGAGUGGAUAUGAAAGUACGAAGACGAUGGGACGAUGACGUCGUCUUCAAGAAUUGUGCGCGCUCCGAACCGAAGAAGAAGCAUGAUGUUUUCAUCAACGAUUCUUUGCGAAGCGAAUUCCAUCGCAAGUUUAUGGAGAAAUAUGUUAAGUAAUUUAUUAAUUAUAAGUAUCUCACAGCGUUGUAAAUAAUUUUUUUAAUCACAUUAUUGAAUAAAAAUACGUUUCCUCUCAUCAUA